UUGGCUGUCGACUAUCUGCACGAUAAAAAAGUGAUUCACCGUGAUCUCAAAUUGGGCAACCUGUUCCUCAACGGGGAACUCCAGGUUAAAAUCGGAGAUUUUGGUCUGGCAACUACUGUAGAUAAUGAAGGGGAACGAAAGAAGACUCUGUGUGGUACUCCUAAUUAUAUCGCACCUGAGGUGCUUGACAAGAAAGGACAUUCAUUCGAAGUUGACAUAUGGGCAAUAGGUUGCAUACUGUACACGUUACUCUUUGGCCGCCCACCUUUUGAGACAAAAUCGCUCAAGGAGACAUACAGCCGCAUCAAGUUGAACCAGUAUCGAGUUCCUUCUACAGCCUCCCCUACUGCUGCUCAUCUCAUCCAGAAUCUGCUUGCGGCUGAUCCUGCAAAGCGUCCCACUGUGAAACAGCAUUCUUCCCUCUACUUCAACUUUGUGUAUACUGCUUUUCCUUCUGUUUGUCUGGAGAACAAAAAGUUCAUUUUUCGCGUCGCUGAAUUUUUUCUAAUUUCAGCAUUAUUUCAGGUGUUGGCGCAUGAGUUCUUCCGUUCUGGUUUCAUGCCCACAAGGCUUCCGAUUUCCUGCCUCACGAUGGCGCCCAAAUUCACUCGUCAUAGCGAGGUUUGUUAUAUUCUAGAUUCAGGGCCAAAAUAUAAAGGAGAAGCACGUUGCUCCUUCCAAAAAAGUCCAUUUUCUUUGCGGAAUGUGAGCACAUAUUUGCAGGUGGGUAUACCAGCUCCAGUCGAUCGUCGUGCGGUUCCUGCUGGUGUGCUUAGCCCCAAACAAUUAGUCAAGUAUGUUCCUGAGCAGAUUAGGUUAUUGAACUAUCGAGAAUAUUGCAGACAAGAUCUCAUGGGUGCACAUCCACGUGCCCUCAAUGCAGUGCCAGAAAACAAAGCUAUAGAUGGCGAACGUGUUGACAGAGCUGUUGCAUGCGCGAAGGUUCCCGAGGAUGUAUAUUUGUCCGAGCUAUACGAGCAGAUCUCUUCGCUUGUUUCCGCGCGAGUUCCAGAGCGGCAACUGCGGGUGGAGGAUGAAGCGCCGGAAGCCAUGCCUAUCUUCUGGAUUAGUAAAUGGGUUGAUUAUUCCGACAAGUACGGGAUUGGUUACCAGCUUUGCGACAACUCGGUUGGAGUGCUGUUCAACGAUAGUUCCAAACUUGUUUUGGAUGAGGCGGGUAAUGAGCUGACCUACAUCGAGAAAAACGACAAGGAGAAUUACUAUGCUAUUGACUGUUUCCCGGACUCUCUGGCUAAGAAGGUUACGUUGCUGAAAUAUUUCCGAACAUACAUGAAUGAACAUCUUAUCAAAGCGGGAGCCCAUGUAGUGAAAAAGGAUGGAGAUGAUUUGGCUCGCCUCCCGGUGCUUCGUUAUUGGUUCCGCACUCGAUCUGCCAUAGUUCUGCAUUUAUCUAAUGGAACAUUGCAAAUCAACUUCUUUGAGGACCACACGAAAGCAAUAGUCUGCCCUUUGAUGGGUGCUAUCACUUAUAUCGAUGAGCAAAGGAACUUCCGAGUUUAUAAACUGUCACACCUCGAAAAAUAUGGAUGUACCACAGUAAGUUUAAGUCAUGCUUUUAUGAAGUUAUGA